AUGCCUUAUUUGAGAAACACAGGAUUGAGGAAAUCAGGAAGGUUGAGAAAUCCACCAGAUUUCAAAUUGAAGAAAAAGAAGGAAGAUCUGCGACAGAUGGUCGGUGAAAGGUACAGAGACUUGAUAGAAGCAGCUGAUACAAUUGCUGACAUGGGACGUUGUGCUGAAAAUGAAGAGUGUACCAUCUGGUUUUUAUGGCAUAGCAUCUCAAAUCAAACUGCUAGUAGACAUGCCAGAGAAGAUUUGGAGCGCAAUAGAAGAUGGGAAACUACUACGCGCAACCCAGCUAUUUUCUUGUCCAGACACAUUGUGAGCAGUCUACAACUGGAUGCAAAUACACAGAAAUCAGCUCAGCUGUUGUCAUGGUUUCCUAUAUUAUCUAGACAAUGGGCUGCUAUAAGUCACUUCAAGACAUCGAUUCUGCAGAGUUGUCGAUCAGUUCUUAAAGACGUGAAAAUGUCAGAACAGGCAAUAGCUGAAGCACUGUGUUCUAUUCUUUUGUUGGAUGACAGUUCGCCGAGACAGGUCUUCACAGAGUUUCUCUUAGCAAGAAAGAGUGCUGUUCAGCAGUUCUUCCAUCCAUAUCAACCUGGAAUUGGUAUCAAAUCUCAAGUAUGCGGUGUGAUACAGCUAAUAUGUACAACUGUACAACAUAUAUACGCUGUGUUUUAUAACAGCCCAGAUGAUACAGCUGCUCAUUGUAACCUGCUGUUAAAAAUUGUUGAAGAAGUGACUGAUAAUAGUAAUAAAGGUCACAAAAAAGUUCUCUCUAAAGAAAUGUCAUCCAGUAGUUUUGCCAAAUAUUUGCCAUCAUCCAUUACUGAAUUCCAUCCGGUUCUGAAUACGCUAGCCAGUCCCAUAUCGGCAGAGUAUUUGCAGAAGAGUUGUCAGGAAUGGGUAGAUACUUGUAUCCAAGACAUCAAUUCUGGGGUUGGAAAACUGUUCACCUAUCUCACUACCAUCAAAGGACUAACUGGAGUCAGAGAUGCAUUAUGGGAACUACUUGGCCAGGAAAAUUUUGAAGUGAAAUGGAAGACAAUUUGUGAUUGUGUUUUAAACCGUAACCUAUCGCCAUGGGAUGAGUUUAUUAGACCGCUCUUCCUAACAAGAGCUCAGACAAUAAUUCAGAAUAUGUUAGACAAUACUACUGACUCAACCCAGAAGCUGAUUGGCCAAGCAUUGGAUGAUAUCGCAUUCUUGAAUUCAGAGUGUAAUGUGGCUCGUUAUAUAUGGACAGAGAGUGUUAGUGACACACCACCAGCCUCAGUAUGGAGUACACCUCUUGUUAACAGAUCACCUUCAGAUGGUGGGGGACUUUACAUGAAAUCUAGAGCUUUCACUCCAAGAACACAGAGGUAA